AUGGAUGACCUUUCAGGGCUCGAUUGGUCUGCGGACGCAUCGGCCAACAAGCCGAAACCGAUGGCUGUCAACCCUUCAUAUCCCCCGUUUCGAUCGUCGCCGUCUCCCUUUGGCACGGGACAGAGCACGCCUUUGUCCGCUCAGAAGUCAAGCAGCCCAGCGCCCAAGGCGGCUCCUGCAAAAGCUGCGCAAGAUAGCUUCAGCAACCUGAGCUUUGGUCUGCCAAAGGCUACUCAAAACCUGUCACUGGCUGAGAGACAGGCGCAGCUUGAAAUCGAGAAGCGGAAGAAAGAAGAAGAGAGACGGAAGCUGGCAGAGGCGCAGUUCGGAAAUGGUCAGCAAUGGGACUCCCUAGGGUCUCGAGGCUUCACGCCCAGCCCGGCACCCAAACAACAGCCUGCACCCGUCAAGAGCGCAGCAAAUGACGAUGACGAUCUAUUCGCGGCGUUCAACAGAGACACCAAGGUUGACAAUGCUAGCCAUUACCCCCCACCUCCGCCAGACAGAAGCAAGCUUGACUUGGCCGACCCCUCAGCAUGGGGAUCAACGACGGCGGCCUCCAGCAGCGGCGGCGCUGCUUUCGAGCCAGAGGAUGAUGAUCCUUUUGGAUUGCACGAGGUGAAGCCUGCUGCCUCAACUGGAGGUGGCCGGGGCGCCGCCACCAGCGCAGACGACUUUGAUUUCUUGGGAGAUCUCGGACGACCAGUGGACGAGGUUCGAAAGGAGCAACAGGCCAAACAAGAAGCCAUACGAAGCGAACCAGGAAAGCCGAUUGAAGAUGACUCGAGCUCCUCCGACGAUGACGAACCUAUAGAGCGAAACGUUGAGCGGGUGCCUAGGGUGAACAAAGACCCCUUCGACAAAGCUGUUGCGCAACUUGUCGAUUAUGGAUUUACACCCGAGCAGGCCAGGAGGGGGCUUGUGGAGAGCGGAACGGGUUUCAAUGCGCAGGCAGCUGCCAACUGGCUCCUGGACGAGGCUCAUAGGAAGUCCAAGGAGGCAUCGCAAGGUCGGAGUUCCCAGGGUAGAAGUUCUGCCGCCACAGGAAGCCAAAAUCAGCGUAGCGACAGCCGGUCUCCUGCCAGAGGAGAGACCGAUUUUGCAAAGACAGCUGCUGCCAUGGGAAACACCCUGUUCAAGUCUGCCAACACCCUGUGGAAGACGGGACAGAAGAAGGUGCAGCAGGCAGUUGCAGAACUCCAGCAAGACGUAGGAUCAGACCCAACCCAGCCAAAAUGGAUGCGAGAUGCUCAGCAGGCGCGGGGUCAGCCGAGGCCUCAAAGAGCUGAUGCCGAUGUCACAGACGAGGCCCUUAUGCUCGAGUCGGGCGGUAGGCCGCAGCAAGCCAGGAGCAGCAGCAGCAGCCGCCAUGCCGUAGACCCAAGAGCUGGUCCCCCAGGCCCCCAGAUUUCGCGAACAUCAUCACCCGCCCUGUCCUCAGGAACACAAAGUCGGAAUAGUCCUGCCCCACGAUGGCAGCAGCAGACUGCGCCGCCGCCAAUGAUUCCAGAUGCAAGAUCAAGGCUCAACAGGCUAACAGCAGAUGAUGAUGACAGCUUCUCCAGCUACGUAAGUGCCAGCAGGAGAAAGAAGGCCAGCCCAGCACCGGAACCACCAAAGAAGACGGAACCUGAACCCGACCUUUUGUUUGGUUCGCAGGCACCAAAACCAUCACAGCGAACUCCGUCUCCGGCAACCCAGAGACUGGCAGCUCCAAGUCGGCCUCAGCCUGCGCCGGCGCCCGCACCUCCGCGCAAAGUUACACCUAGACCUACCAGACAGGUUCCUCCCAUUAGCCCCGAUGCGUUACGGGCGUCAACAUCGCAUAGACUACAGGGAACCACGCAUUUCAAGCGUGGCGAUUAUGCCGCGGCCCAUUCAUCUUACUCAUCGUCUCUAUCCUCUGUUCCUUCUACGCAUCCCCUGAUGAUCGUCUUGCUUACAAACCGUGCUUUGACGGCCCUGAAAACUGGAGAACCUAAACAAGCAGUGACCGAUGCAGACGAGGCACUGAAGAUUAUUGGGCCUGGGAAUGGCCAGGGAGAGACUGUGGCUGUGAGAAAUGAAUCUGGACAGGACGAGAGCCGUGAUAUGAAAGAGCUCUACGGCAAAGCACUGAGCAGGAAAGCAGAGGCCUUGGAGCAGAUGGAGAAGUGGGCAGAGGCCGGCGCUGUAUGGAAGCAAUGUGUCGAAGGCGGUGUUGGUGGACCUACCGCUGUCAAGGGCCGCCAGCGAUGCCAGGACGCCCUCACUCCUAAGCCCAAAGCUGCGCCGAGACCUGUGGUGAAGCCUCGGCCCCAGCCAGCUGCCAGCCGUGCACCGCAGAAGGACUCGGAAGCGGUUACCAGGCUACGUGAGGCUAACCAAGCCGCUGCCAAGGAGGACGAUGAGAAAUUUGCCCUUGCGGAUAAGGUCGAUGCUAAAGUGUCCGCCUGGAGAGAUGGCAAAAGAGAGAAUCUGCGGGCUCUGCUGGCCAGUAUGGACCAAGUGCUCUGGGAAAGCAGUGGAUGGAAGAAGGUUGGGCUGCACGAGCUGGUAAUGGCGAACAAGGUCAAGAUUACGUACAUGAAGGCCAUUGCAAAGACUCAUCCCGACAAGCUUCCACAAGAUGCGAGUACCGAGGUUAGACUUAUUGCUGGAUUGGUGUUUAGCACCCUGAACGAGAGCUGGGACAAGUUUAAAGCGGACAAUGGUCUAUGA